GGAAGAGGAAGAACGCAUGUUCACUGUCGUUCAAAAUUGAAUGAGAGAGAGAUACAAUGGCUUCAGGAGAUGUCGAGGACUUUAUUGAACAAAAUAGGCAAUUGGCUGACAGUGUGGAAGCAUUUCGUUCAAUAUCAGAGAGUGACAAGCAUUGGAAAUCAAGAAGAGAGUUUAUCUUGAGGAAUAUAAAUGAUUAUGAGGAUCCUCACUUAGAUCAUCUUCUCGCCUUGUCCAUGGUUUGGGCAAACAAUGUGUUCCUGGGCUGCCGGUACAGCGCGGAUAUCCUCGAAAAAGCUCGCCUUAUGGCAGAAGGAAUUGUUGUUGAGGAUGCUCCUGUGUUCAAGACCAGAGACGAGAUAAUGCAACAGCAGCGGAAAUGAACAAAUGGCCGGAAUUGGAGUGGAUUUGCAGGCAACAGGAACAAAGGCACUCAUCUAGUGCUGGGAAGAAUGAACUGAUGAUAUUUGCCAUCUCGUUGGAUUGAUCAAUGACUUGAUGUAUUAGCGUUACUUAAGCUUUAUGGAUUUUAAAAAAUAUAGUGGAAAUGUUUUUUUCUUUUUGUGUGCAUGUGUUUAAAGUUUUUUAUAAUAUGUUCUCUGCUCAAAAUCAAUGAUGGAUCAAAUACCUAAAUAUUUCACCACACGCAAUAAUAAACAAUCUCAUUCUAGUUG